AGAAACCGGUAUGUCUCCUUGACCCAUAGAUAUGGUGAAGAAAGUCUUGCAAGUAAUAAACUGACCAACAAGGAAGGCAACGCGGCAGUGUAGAGAAAGAAAGUGGCGUAGAAGAUUUAGUAUCGAAAAUUCGCCAAGAUGGUGGUUACAGUGAGGAGGUUUUUAUCAAUUUUUGUGAUUUUCGUGUUGUGUUUUAGUGAAAAAACAGUUAAAAGUCAAAGAAAACAAACAGACGCGAACGAUGAUAAAAAAGGGGAGGCAUUUCAAUGUCCCCAUAGUACAGGAAAUGGCAACUACGCAGAUCCCGUUACGUGUAAAAGAUUUUAUCAGUGCGUCGAUGGUUAUCCCUACGUAAACAGAUGCCCUUCGGGGUUAUAUUUCGACGACGUGUCCAAAUUUUGUACGUUUAAAAACGAAGCAAGAUGCGGACCGUUGGCUUCGACUCCCGCCCCAAUUACCGAAGAACCCGUAGAUUUAGCCACUAAAUGCGACCCGGAAAAAUGUAAUUUACCUUAUUGUUUCUGUUCCAAAGAUGGCACUACUAUUCCAGGCGGAUUAGACCCGGAAGAUACGCCCCAAAUGAUUUUAUUAACUUUCGACGGAGCCGUGAAUCUCAAUAAUUACGAUCAUUACAGAAAAGUUUUGAAUCGCAAGAGACAGAACCCGAACGGUUGUUUUAUACGGGGGACGUUCUUUAUAUCGCACGAAUACAGUAAUUAUCACAUGAUACAAGAAUUAGCCAGCGAAGGCCACGAAAUCGCCACCGAAACCAUCUCGUUGCAGAGCGGCUUGGAAAAUAAGGGUUACGAAGAAUGGGUGGGAGAAAUGGUCGGCAUGAGAGAUAUUCUCAAACAUCUAUCGAAUAUUUCGAAAAGCGAAGUUGUUGGUAUGAGGGCGCCGUUCCUGAAACCGGGACGCAACACUCAAUACAAGGUUCUGGAGGAGUUCGGGUACAUUUACGACAGUUCCAUAGGAGCACCAGCUCUCCCUAUCCCGGUAUGGCCGUACACUUUGGAUUACAAAAUUCCCCACGAAUGCAAAUCCGGCACGUGUCCAACGAAAACAUUCCCAGGUGUUUGGGAAGUACCUCUAAACACCCACUACGUAGAAGGCUACGAAGGCGGUCAUUGUCCCUAUUUGGACCAAUGCGUGCUGCACAACCACGACGCCGACGACGUCUUCGAAUGGUUGCAAGAAGACUUCCUCAGAUAUUACGAUCAAAACAGAGCCCCCUACAUGAUGCCCUUCCACACCAAUUGGUUCUCCAUCAAAGAAUUAGAACAAGGUCUACACAAAUUCCUCAAUUGGGUACAAACUUUACCGGACGUUUGGUUCGUCACCACCACGCAAGCCUUGACGUGGAUGACGGAUCCUAAGCCCGUCGCUCAAUUAAAUAAAUACGAACCGUGGGAUUGUAGAAAAAACGAAAAUUUGCCGCCGAAACCUUGUAAGGUGCCCAAUAAGUGCGCUCUAGCUUUUAAACGACCGGAACUUAACGUGACCGACACUAGGUAUUUGGAAACUUGUAACGAUUGUCCGAACGCUUAUCCUUGGUUGGACGACGCCAGCGGCUCCGGUAUACCCGGAAAAGACAACUACGUACCCGAUAACGUCAGAAAAUGAUCGGAUAUUCAAACUAAAACACUUUAAACUCCACCCGUAUUUAUAUUUUUUUUAAACGAACAACUUGUAUUUUUUGGAAGCUACCCCGUACCUAAAUUUAUUUUCAAAAUAUUCAAAUUUAUCAGUAUUCUUACAAAUUCCCCUGUAUUUUUAUAUAAAAAAAAAACAAAUUCCAUAUUAUUAUUUGAAGUUCCCCGGUAAAGAUUACAAUUUUUUUAACAUUUAACCAAAUGGUAUUCUUUGACGUUCCCUGGUAAUAACUUUUUACAUUUUCCCCGUAUAAACUUUAUAUUUUUGAAAAAUUUCGAACGUAUACUUUGAACUUCCCCUGCAUGUUUAUAUUUUUUGAAAAAUUAACUAAAGUCUCUAACAUUACUCGGUAUAAACUGUUGUAUUCUCGGAAAUGACCCUGUAUAUUCAAAACGAAAUUCAAUAGUAUUAUUUGAAGUUCCUCGGUAUAAACUUUAUAUUUUCGAUAAAUUUGAAGUUCCCCCGUUUUCGUUUCGUAUUUUUCAAGAAAAUCAAAUCGAAUGGUAAUAUUUGAUGUUCCCUGGUAUUAACUUUUAUAUUUUUUGCAGUUUCCCUGUAAAAACUUUAUAUUUUCGAAUCAUUUCAUAAAUAGUAUUCUUUGAAAUCCCUCCGUAUUUAUUAAUCCGAAUUAAAUAGUAAUACUUCACGUUCCCCUGUAUUGAUUUUUUUCAAAUUUUUAAAAAAAUACACACAAAUGAUAUUAUUCGAGGUUCCCCGGUAUUUUUUCCAAUAACUUCCCUCGUAUUCACUUUUUUUAUAUUUUCUGAAAAAUUAAAUAGUAAAUUUAGACGUUCCCCGGUAUUUACUUCAUUUAUGUUUUAAAAAAUUCAAACAAAUAGUAUUUUUGGAAACUCCCCUAUAUUAACGUCUAAUUAAAUUUAUACGAGGUCCAAAUGAAAAGUAAGUAUAAUAAUUUACUACGCAUAUAAAUUAAAUGACUUGAUAUACGAGGUGUACCAAAAAUUAUCUUAGCAUUAAUAGUAAGUAUAAAAAAAAACAAUUUUGGAUCUGAAAAAUAAAAAAUUUAUCCAUAUUUAUUUUUAUUACAGUACAGAUAGUAAUUUAAUGUAAUUUAUUUAUUAUUAUUAUCCAGUUUUUUAAUUCAAAUAUGGCUACCAAAUAAAUAUCUCGAAGUAA